CCAAACUGACCCUGAGAGAGCCAUUUUCUCUACUCUCUCUCUCUAGAGAGAUAUAUAUAUAUAUAUAUGUGCACACACACAAAUAUAUAUAUAUAUAUAUACUUUGUCGGUAGGGUUCGGUCGCUAUCUUAUCUUUUUGAUUCCUGAUCUCGCCGCAAUCCAGCGAUCUGAUCGGUCAGAGUCUCCCGAAGUUGAAACAUCAGAUUUCCGGUGAUCCACCGGCCGAAUUUGUCAGAUUCCGUUCAGUAUUUGACCGAAACGGAUGGUUUCAAUAGAAUCUUUAUUCUUUAUGAUUUUGUUGAUGUUAGAUUCUUAGUCAAAACUUCAAAACUAGGGUUUUGAAUUUGCUGUUUUUGGUUCUGUUAUUUGUACACUAUUCUACACAGUUAUGCCGCGAAGUUCACGGCAUAAAUCGCACAAGGAAAGGAAACACAGUUCGAAGGACGAUAGAGAGUACUCGGACACGGAAGAAGAUGUGAAGAUGAAGGACAGGAACGGCAAAGAAGAAGGUUCAGUUAGGGUUUCUAGGGAUCCAACAUCGGGUGAGAAGCGGAAAGUUGCUUCAAGAGAUGGCAAUGAUUUGGGUGGUCACGGUAAUGGUGAUGUAUUGGAAGAGUAUGUUGUUUCAAAACGGCGCAAAGAGAAGGCUGAUGCUACUGCUUCUAGUGAUAGGUGGAAUGGUAGUGGGGACAGGCGAGGCGAUGGAACAACUACUGAUAAGGAGGCAAAAGGUGAAAGUUUCAAGCUUGAAUCAGAUAAAAGUUCGAAGUCAAAGGGUUCGAGUGAUUUGAAGAGUAAAACCAGAGGUGAUGGAAUAACUAUUGAUAAGGAGGCAAAAGCUGAAAGUUUAAAGCUUGAAUCUGAUAAAAGUUCGAAGUCAAAGGGUUCGAGUGAUUUGAAGAGUAAAGCCAGAGGUGAUGGAAUAACUAGUGAUAAGGAGGCAAAAGAUGAAAGUUUCAAGCUUGAAUCUGAUAAAAGUUCGAAGUCAAAGGGUUCGAGUGAUUUGAAGAGUAAAACCAGAGGUGAUGGAAUAACCACAGAUAAGGAGGCAAAAGGUGAAACUUUCAAGCUUGAAUCAGAUAAAAGUUCGAAGUCAAAGGGUUCGAGUGAUUUGAGGAGUAAAACUAGAGGUGAUGGAAUAACCACUGAUAAGGAGGCAAAAGGUGAAAGUUUCAAGCUUGAAUCAGAUAAAAGUUUAAAGUCAAAGGGUUCGGGUGAUUUGAAGAGUAAAACUAGUAGAAGGCAUGAUAAUGUUUGUGAGAAUGAAGAAGAUAUGCGUUUGGAAGCCGAGAAAGGGCACUUUAAGAAUGGCAGUGAAGUUGACCUGAAGCGGAAAUCUGAAAAAGAUUCUAGGCGGAAAGAGGUUCGUCAACAUAAAGAUUCUAAGGAAUUGAAGGACAAUGAACCUGAAUUGGAGAGAGGAAGGAAGGUUCAGGACACUAAGAGGGAUGUGCAGGCACGGCCAGCUGAUGAAGCAGCCAGGAAACAAGAGUUGCAGUCUGCUGAUUUAGGGAAAGAGAGACUGGGGAAACAGGGUAGUAGAGAAAAUACUGUUGGUGUGCAAGAUGAGUUAUGGAAUCCUGAGUUAGAGAAGGAACUUGAGAAACAAAUAGGCAAGAGAAGAGAUGGUUCUAGUGAUAAGGAUAAACAUCAAGAUCAUGCAAAAGAAAUUGAUGAUAGACGAUUGUCUUCGAGGGGUGAGCGUGCGAAGGAUGAUAGGUACAGUGAUGAGAAGCACAAAGAUGAUAGGUACAGUGACGAGAAGCACAAAGAUGGAAGUCAUGGGGAUAAAUUGCGGGAUGAGGGUAAAAGAGAUAAUAGACACAGGGACAAUAAAUAUCGGGAAGAUGAUGACAUGUAUAAUAGAUAUGGGGAUGACAAAUAUCGGGAAGAUGUUAAGAGAGAUAAUAGACACAGGGAUGAUAAGUAUCGGGAAGAUGGUGGUAGAGAUAAUAGACAGAGGGAUGAUAAGUACCGUGAAGAGGGUGACAGAGGCAAUAGACACAGGGAUGAUAAGUACCGUGAAGAGAGUGACAGAGACAAUAGACACAGGGAUGAUAAGUAUCGGGAAGGGGGUGACAGAGACAAUAGACACAGGGAUGAUAAGUAUCGGGAAGGGGGUGACAGAGACAAUAGACACAGGGAUGAUAAGUACUGGAAACACAGCGAGAGGGAGGAUAGGCAUAGGGAAGAUAAGCAUCAGGAAGAUGUUGACAGAGAAAAUAGACAUAGGGUUGGCAAGCAAAGAGAUGACAAUGAUAGAGAUCAGAGACUCAGGGACCUCAAAUACAGGGAUGAGCACACCUCAAGGGAUCGCACUAGUGAUAGGUCUGAUACUAAGCAUUCAAGGGAUGAAGGUAAUGCUGGAGAUUUUUGUUAUAGGAAAUCAAGCAAUUGUGAUGGUAGUCCAAUAGAUGAUGAUCGUAGUACCAAAUACAAUUAUGACAAGGGAAAGAGAAGAGCCAACGAUAGAGAGGACAGAGAGGACCAUAAUGAUAUGAGAUACCGAAGUACCAAAGAGCAGCGUUCUGAUGAAGAAAAGAAAUCAGUGAGCGGUGCUAAAUUAGAGUCAGUUACUGAUAGGGAAAGAUCUUAUUCGCGGACUGUGGAUAUGGAAAUUUCUCUAAACCACAACAGACGGAAUUCUCCCAUCUUCACUUCUCAUGCUGCAAAAGAUCACUACAGGCUUCCAAAGCAAGAAGGAUCCAAGUAUAGGGACUAUUUGCAUGAAGAGAGAGUUUGGCAUGAAGCAAACUCUACCAAAGAAUUUGCUGGUGUUGCUGAAAUAAGUGAGAAAGCUUCUGUGUCUCGCUCAAUGGAGAAUCAUUUUCCAAAGGAUGACAGCCAUUUAGGUGAGUUGUCUGUAGAAAAGCGUCGGAAAUCAGUUUCUCGCCCGUCAUCCAAUCAGCAAGUAGAUAAAUCCCCGUCACCAUCAAGUACUGACCGCAGACACUUGAACAAAUCUGAAGUUAGGCGAAGUCUUGAUAUGGAAGAAAUAGGGCAGAGGAGUGGUGGUUUCAGGGAUGCAAAAGUCAGAGGAAGUCGUGAACUGCCUAUGGAGACACUUCCAGGAUAUGAGCUUCCCCAAGCAGAUGGAGAAAGUUUAUCUGUUUCUUCUCCUUUUAGUAGAACUAGUCUCUUGCCCAGCAAUUCCAAGUCUUCAUUACCUCCUCCUCCUCCCUUCAGGUCGGGGAUUGACAAUCCUUUAGCCUUUAAUACUUUGGAAGAUGACAACAGAGGUAAGUCAAUUAACCGACAUAGGAGGAUGGGCGAUUCCAACAUGGGAAGAGCGCAAGGAAGUGGAUGGAAAGGUGUCCCAAACUGGCCUUCCCCUGUGGCCAAUGGAUUUAUGCCUUUCCAACAUGGUCCACCUCCUGUUGGUUUUCAUCCAUUGAUGCAUCAUUUUUCUACUCCGUCUAUGUUUGGCAUUAGACCUUCAAUGGAAUUACAUCACAAUGGGGUUCCUUACCAUAUCCCUGAUGCUGACAGAUUUUCAGGCCAUGGACGGACACUUGGAUGGCAGAAUCCAGUGGAUGACUCGUGCCCUCCUCCAUUGCAUGGUUGGGAUGCAAAUAAUGUUGUCUUCGAUGAAACUCGCAUCUAUGGGAGGCAAGGUUGGGACAAUAAUAGAACCUUGACGACGGGUCGGGGAUGGGAGACAAGUGGAGACAUGUGGAAGGGGCAAAACGGUGGUUUGGGCACCGAGUUGCUGGCUACUCCCCGGAAGGAGAAUCAUUCAGCUGGUGGACCAGCAGAUGAAUUUUUGACUGAAGAGUCAGGUCCGCAAGCUCACAAUGAACAAAACCAACCUGGUCUUAAGGCAGAGAACUUUGACAUUAAUCAGUCCAAUGUUGCUGUUGUUACAAACAUUCUUGAAGCUCCACAAGCUCUUCCUGUAGAGAACCCCAGCAUUUCUAAGCCAUCAACAAAGAAUGGGGAUCAUUUCUGGCAUGUUUAUCUUUCCAAGCUUGAUAUAUCCGCAGAUCUUACUCAACCUGAGUUGUUUGACCAGUGCACGAGCUUAAUGGAUAUGGAUCACAAUACAAAUUAUGCUGAAGAUAAUUCUAAGAUUUUAUGUGUGGAGGAGGUUAUGGGGGCUAAAGUGACCAUUUCCAAUAAAACUUCAAGCACUUCACUUUUUGCUGCCAUAAAUGAUUCUGUUUUUCAGAAAGCCAUGUCCCUUUACAUGAAGCAAAGAGAAGAAAUUGGGGUGAUCAACGGGGAGAGAGUGCUAAUCUCUAAUGUGGAGAACUUGAAGUCUGUGCCGACUUCUGAUCAGGAGAAAGUGGGUUCAAGUGAUGAUAAAUUAGGAGAGCUGGAUCUGGAUUGUGAUAGUCAAGAGGCUGAGGAUUCUGUUUCAGAUUUUACGCAGGACAAAGUGGAGCUGCCUAAUACUUUUCAGAAUCUAGAAGUAUCUCCUGCAACAACCAAUCAGAAGGCAGAUGAACCAGUUCAGCCAGACAAUUCGAAAAAAUCAGAGCCACUUUUAAAUUUAGGCAAGUUGCAAAUGGAGGUUGAUCCUGUUCGUAAUCAGGAGAUGCCGGAGUACGCUGUUGAGGACAAAUCAUCGUCUCCAGAAAAUGUGGAGCAAUCUGAUGCUCAAUCACCUGGUAAGGCUGAAGACGUGAGCUGGGCAAGUGACUCCAGAGGCAAUCCUUCUGUCAAUAACAACAAUGAGGAACAGAAGUUGGUUGAUACCAAGUCUGGUCUCUUACUUUUUUCUGAUGUGUCUUGUGAGGCACGUGAGGCUGUGAUGCCAGAAUCAAUCGAGUCUGGGUUAGUAAAUUUAAGCUGGAUACAUCAUUCUCCUGAAAGUACACAUUGAACGAUUUUUAUAUUUCCACGAGGUUUUGAAAUGCCGUUAUCUACGGUAAUGCUUCCUAUCCUAUAUUAUGUGCUUGCUGCUCAUCUUAGUUCAUUAAUAAAGUUUCUUGUUCUUCACA